AACUACGGGGAAAAAAAGUUUUUCCUAACGGUGAAAGAGCUAGUGUGUGUGUUCUCGAAAGAAAAUCCUGCCCCUUUCCAGUUGUGCAAAGUCGGCUCCGAGUCGCUCCUCCUCCGAAUCUCUCCAUCGUUCUCACAGCUCUGCUCUGCCUCUGGCAAGGCUUGCCUUUAAGGUCAGAGUACUUAUUGGGCGUUAUUGGGAGACUCACCCUUCGUCAUAAAUAACCCUAGGUUUUGCAACAGAUAUGGACCAGUCUCGGUGGUGCAGACAUAUAGUCUUCCUCUUCCUGGCUGUUUGCCUUCCAUCUUGCCUCGCCCAGACAAUACCCUCUGUACACCCAAGUCCCACAGCAACACCCCACACACCUGAGCGUCUGAAGUUCCGCCUGGCUGGUCACCCACGGAAACACAAUGAGGGACGAAUUGAAGUGUUUUAUAAAGGCGAAUGGGGAACUAUAUGUGAUGAUGACUUCUCUUUGGCCAAUGCCCAAGUGCUCUGUCAUCAGCUGGGAUUCGUCUCUGCCACAGGCUGGGCGCACAGCGCUAAAUACGGCAAAGGAACAGGGAAGAUCUGGCUGGAUAAUGUGCAGUGUAGUGGCAGUGAGAGAAGUAUAUCAGUGUGUAAGUCGCGCGGAUGGGGCAACAGUGACUGCACUCACGAUGAAGACGCUGGGGUGAUCUGUAAGGAUGAGAAGCUUCCAGGAUAUGUUGAUGCCAACAUUAUAGAGGUACAGGUGGAUGAAAGUAAAGUGGAGGAGGUGCGUCUGCGGCCAGUGGUGUCCAUGGCAAGCAAGCGGCUACCUGUGAUUGAGGGGGUGGUGGAGGUGAGGUAUAAGGACGGUUGGGCUCAGAUCUGCGAUAACGGCUGGACGGCCAAAAAUUCACGGGUCAUCUGUGGCAUGAUGGGCUUCCCACAUGAGAGGAAGGUCAACAAGAACUUUUACAAGCAUCUCAAAAAAAGGUCCACGGAGCAAAAAGUCAAAGUUAGAGUUACAGCAGACAGGCAGGAUGGCAAAGCUAAAGCUAUCACUAAAGCUAGCUCUAAGUCUAAACCUGGCCACGCAGCUGCAGCCAAAAGAUUGUAUGCAGAACGGCAGAAGAAUCACUUCCUGGUUCACUCUGUGGCAUGUUUAGGCACAGAGGUGCACCUGGCUGCCUGUCCUUUGGACUUUAACAAGGACAACGCCACAGAGACCUGUCCUGGGGGCAUGCCCGCUGUGGUCAGCUGUGUGCCUGGACUGGAAUAUGCUCACAAGCAGGCCAUGAAGAAACAACUCAAGCCAUUGAGUGUAGUGCGUCUGAAAGGUGGCGCGAGGCCAGGGGAGGGCCGUGUGGAGGUGCUGAAGGGCACCGAGUGGGGCGCGGUGUGCGAUGACCGCUGGAACUUGCAGUCUGCUAGUGUGGUGUGCAGAGAGCUGGGAUAUGGCUCUGCUAAAGAAGCCCUCACUGGAGCCCGCAUGGGCCAAGGCAUGGGACCAAUCUAUAUGAACGAGGUCCAGUGCACAGGCUUUGAACGUUCUCUGUGGAACUGUCACUUUAAGAACAUCACUGCUGAAGACUGCAAGCACACAGAGGAUGCUGCAGUCCGCUGUAACGUCCCCUAUAUGGGCUUUGAGAAAACGGUGCGUAUCACAGGUGGACGUUCGCCCUUUGAGGGCCGCGUGGAAGUGCUGCGAGCCGAUGCCAACGGAAACCAGCACUGGGGGCUGAUCUGUGGAGAAGGCUGGGGCACCAAAGAGGCCAUGGUGGCCUGCAGACAGCUGGGUCUUGGAUACGCCAACCACGGUCUGCAAGUGCGACUGGUGGGCGGGCGGUCGGAGUACGAGGGGCGAGUGGAGAUUCAGGUGAGGCAGCGUUGGGGCAGUGUUUGCAGUGAGGGCUGGACCACCAAAGAGGCCAUGGUAGUCUGCAGACAGCUAGGGCUCGGUUACAGCAUGCAUGCUAUUACUGAAACGUGGUACUGGGACAGCAGCAAUGUGACGGAGAUGGUGAUGAGCGGGGUGAAGUGUACUGGAGACGAGCUGUCUCUCGGCCAUUGCCAGCACCACAAAACGGUCAGCUGCCAGAAAGUAGCCGCACGAUUCGCCGCCGGCGUCAUCUGCUCAGAGACUACAUCUGAUCUAGUGCUGAAUGCUGCCCUGGUGCAGCAGACCGUGUACAUCGAGGAUCGCCCACUGCACAUGCUCUACUGCGCCGCUGAGGAGAACUGCCUGGCCAAAAGUGCCGCCAAGGCCAACUGGCCCUACGGCCACCGUCGCCUGCUGCGUUUCUCCUCCGAGAUCCUCAACAUCGGCCGUGCCGACUUCAGGCCCAAAGCGGGACGCCACUCCUGGGUGUGGCAUGCAUGCCAUGGGCAUUAUCACAGUAUGGAUAUCUUCACACACUAUGACCUGCUGUCUCUCAAUGGUACCAAGGUAGCAGAUGGACAUAAAGCCAGUUUCUGUUUGGAGGACAGCCAGUGUCAGGAGGGUGUCGCCAAGAGAUACGAAUGUGCAAAUUUUGGAGAGCAGGGCAUCACAGUGGGAUGUGUGGACCUGUACCGGCAUGACAUUGACUGCCAGUGGAUUGACAUCACAGAUGUUAAACCUGGAAACUACAUCCUACAGAUCAUUAUCAACCCUAACUAUGAAGUAUCUGAGAGUGACUUUACAAAUAAUGCUAUGAAAUGCAACUGCAAAUAUGACGGGCACAGGAUCUGGCUUCACAACUGCCAUAUUGGUGAUGCCUUUAGUGAGGAGGCAGAGAAGAAGUUUGAGAAAUACCCAGGACAGCUCAACAACCAGAUCUCCUAAUCCACCAAAUUGCUGUUAUGUUUUACAUAUUAAUACAGUAGGGCCAUAUACAAUAUAUAAUCCAGAUUACAUGUCUUCAUCCAAAAACAUAAUCCAGGUAUCAUACAUGUACCUCAUUGCCAACCACAACACAGGAAUCAAAAAUCCUCUGUGGACACUGAAAGGCAAUCAGUACAACAUGGGCAUUAGUCUACUGUCUGCAAUCCAUCAAUGCACUUUCAGUGUUUAACAUGGACAUGUCCUUUAUUCUGUCCAGUCAUUUAUGUUUAUGGUGUAAUUUGUUACCUGCAAAAAAAGUGAAACUUCAAAAAAAAAAAAAAAAGACCAUUAUCAUAUGGGACACUAUGGCAGUUGCCUUCUACUUGAAUGACAUUUUUAGAACACAGGGCCAUUAACUUAACUACAUCAGUGUGCAUGAAUGUUUGUUUUCCAUGCAUCAUAGCAUUGUAUCAGUGAAUAGGAUUUUAUAAAACAUAUGGCAUGAUAGGUAUUUCUGAAGCACUGGUGAUAGAUAUUCUUAAAAGAACUGUUAACUUUUCUUACCUUUGACCUGGUUUUGUUAAUGUUUUCAGGGCAUUUUUCUGAGUCUACGUCUUGCCUACUCUUCUCUGGACAUUAUUCAAAUGAACCAUUUUUUAAGCUAAACUAAAUAAACAUUUAUUUAUACUUCAAACUAUAUGAACCACAAAAAAAAAAACAGUCAAACCUUUUGAGUUAUUGCCAUAGCUAAAUAAAAUUACUUUUUAAACUGUCAUGCCUUGCUGAUGCCAAUAGAGCAAUCACAUUAUUUGGUCUUGUGUAUAAGGACCAGGCCUGUAAGGAUACUUCACUGUAUAGGGA